UUUUAAUUAUAACAACCCAUUAGUUUAAAGAGGAGUGGUAACAGUACUUUCGGUGCUAAUCUAGUAAAUGCUUCUAAUUCACCUAUUUCUAUGGCACUAAUUUCCCUCCCAAAUCCAAGUUAAUAAACUGCCAUUUUCAAAGGGUUUCAGAAUUCUGCUCUGCAUGCAGGUUUCUUUUCAAUCUCAUUUAGCCCUAAUAUAUUUGUGUUAGCGGAAACAAGUCCCUCAAAGAUGCUAGGGAAGAGAGUAUAUCAGAGCGUUGAUACUAGAUCUCCCUCCACAUUUAAGCACCUAAAAGUUGAUACUACCCGGACUUUUCCUGAAAAUUGUGGUCCAUUUGUUCGUGAAAAGAGCAGAAGCAGAAUUCCGAUCUACCCGGAAUUCCCAUCCACUACCAAGCGUGUAAAAGUUGAUUCUAUGAGGAAUUUUCCUGAGAAAUGUGGUCCUUGUGUUCCUCAAAAGAAGAUUGGAAGCGGUACUCAAUGCUCCGUUGAUGCUGAGAUCAAAAGUUGUUCUGAAGUUGCUAUGAAUGUGAUUGAGUCAGCUGAGCCCAUAAGUGUUUUUGUGCCUACUGAAUGGGAAGCGGAGGAAAAAGAUAUGCAAAUUGAUUUUCCACCAAUUCUUGGGCAGGCUAAAAAGAAUGAUUUUGUUGCAACUGGUGUGCCUCCAGAAGAGGUUGGUAAUUCAAGUCAUGUGAAAACCUCAUGUCAACCUACUAAUGGAAAUCAAAAAAAGAAUCUUAUGCAGGAUGAAUCUACUCAACAACAUAGAUGUGAUUGGUCUAUUAAAGUUGGGCCUAUUGAAAAUGGACCAGAAUUGCCUGCUAUUGUUGCACCGGAAAAUCUAAUCGGAAGUCGAACUGAACCUAGUAAGGAAACAAGCAGGAGUGAUCAUCACGAAAAAAUUUCUGAUGAUGAAUCCAGGAGUGGUGUAGAUGAUGAUGAAAUCUGCAUCUUAUCCCCCUUCGAGUGGAACUCACUAAAUUUAACUCUCAAGUUCCGAAGUGCCGGUAAGAAAGAUGGCAAGGGUGAGAUAAUGCAGGCAAAAGCAAGUAGGUGUCUAGAAUCCCUUGGCAAGUGCAUGAUUGAUACUGAAGAUGCAGUCGAUUUUGAGCCAGAUUGGGAUCAAUGUGAAUCUAUAGUCAACAAGAAGCCAAUACAUACCGGAGUUUCUCAAGAAGAUUCAAGGAAUUCUGCUGUUAUGUGUGGUGUUUCUAAUCAUGGAUUGUUAACUGAAUCCCUUGGCAAGUGCAUGAUUAAUACUGAAGAUGCAGUCGAUUUCGAGCCAGAUUGGGAUCAAUGUGAAUCUAUAGUCAACAAGAAGCCAAUACAUACCGGAGUUUCUCAAGAAGAUUCAAGGAAUUCUGCUGUUAUGUGUGGUGUUUCUAAUCAUGGAUUGUUAACUGAAUAUGAACAUACUCAGAAAGUGAAAGAAGUUAGAGAGACUCUGAAACUUUUUGAUGACCUAUAUACUAAACUUUUGCGAGAAAAUAAAGCAGAGAAACAUGAAGGACAAUCUAAAAGAUGUCUCCAUAUAGAGGCAGCAAUGAGUUUGAAAAAUCAGAAAAAGUGGGUAAAUUGUGAGUGGAACUUUGGACAUGUUCCUGGAGUUAAAAUUGGGGAUCAAUUCCGGUUUAGGGCAGAACUUGUUAUGAUCGGACUACAUCACCAAUUUAUUAAGGGUAUCGAUUAUGCGAAUAUUAACGGAAAAGAUGUUGCAACUAGCAUUGUUGAUUCUGGUCGAUACGAGAACGAGGCCCUAUCUUCUCAAACAUUCAUUUAUGUAGGUCAAGGUGGGAAUCCAAAAGUUUAUGUUAAUGCAAGAAUGGAAGAUCAGAAGCUUGAAAGGGGUAAUCUUGCCUUGAAGAAUUCCGUGGAGUUGGGAAAUCCAGUGAGGGUUAUUUGUGGCCGAAAAAGAAUGAAUGGUAAAAAGAGUGAUAUAAGAUACAUUUACGAUGGGCUCUACACUGUGACUAAGUGUUGGCAAGAAAAAGGUCCAACUGGAAAGUACGUUUUCAAGUUUGAACUGAAAAGAAAUCUUGACCAACCAAAACUUACUCGUGAGCUAGUGUCACGGCCUGCAAAUUUAGGCAAGGUAAAUCAUUUUCGUGCAAAUGUUAACAAGGCAAGAAAAUCAGUUACGGAGGUUAUGCAGUCGGAGUUUGUUGUGGACUAUGAUGUCUCGCAAGGAAAGGAGAAGUUACCGAUCCCUGCUGUCAAUGCAAUGGAUGAUGAGAAACCCCCACCAUUCACUUACAUUACCAUCAUGCAGUAUCCAGAUUGGUUUUAUAUCUCUAGGCCUCAAGGUUGCAGUUGCACAAGUGGAUGCUCGGAUUCUAAGCAAUGUUGCUGUACCUCUAGGAACGGAGGUGAGAUUCCAUUCAACAAAAGAGGCUCUGUUAUUAGAGCAAAGCCUCUUGUUCAUGAGUGUGGUCCAUCUUGCAAAUGUCCUCCCUCUUGCAAAAAUAGGGUUAGCCAACAUGGUCCUCUGUACCAUUUGGAGGUUUUCAAGACCGAAUCAAGAGGAUGGGGUUUGAGGUCACGAGAUAACGUCUCAUCCGGAAGUUUUAUAUGUGAAUAUGUUGGGGAGUUGCUUGAUGAAAAGGAAGCCGAAAUUAGAACAGAUCAUGAUGAGUACUUGUUUGAUGUCGGCAACUAUGAUGAAGAAUUUCCCAAAAGGAAUGCUAUGCGUAAUAAGAAAUUCAAAGUUGAGUCAAAUUCUGUUAAGAGGAAGGAUGAAGAUGGAUUUACUCUCGAUGCGGCAAAAUAUGGGAAUGUUGGAAGAUUUAUCAACCAUAGCUGCUCACCGAACCUUUAUGCUCAAAAUGUCAUGUACGACCAUGGUGAUAGGAGAGUACCUCACGUAAUGUUUUUCGCUUCCGAGAGUAUUGCUCCAUUAGAGGAGCUUACUUAUCACUACAACUACCAGAUUGACCAUGUUUAUGAUAAAAAUGGAAAUCUGAAGAGAAAGGAUUGUAGAUGUGGCUCUCGUAAGUGUGAGGGGAGAAUGUACUAAAGAACUACUCAUCUUGAAAUUUUGGACUACUUAUUGAUCAGCGGAUGAAUUCUUUGCGCACUUAGUAGCAAUGAAUACUAGCUUGUCACAUGGUUGUAUUAGGGAACUGAAAUUUCCAUGCACUAAUAGCAAUGAAUUCAUCUAGUUCGGCUUUCAUGGAGUUCAGCUUAGCCCUUGGUGUUGAUUAUUGAACUUAAUUGUUCUUUGUCACUAGAUUUUUGGCCAACUGUAUUUUGAUAAGUUUUGGACAGCUUUUACUUUAUUUCAGAUUUUCAGUACUAAAACACGUUUACCUAUCUUCAGAUUUAUAGAUAGUGAAUGUGCUGCAAUAUUUAGGGCUUGGUUGAGGUUGAU